AUGACUGAAACUGCUGCCGUCUCAUCCAUCCCGCUGUUAACAGGGGCGUAUACAGGAGGGGGUCACCGGGUUCACGUGAACCCAUGUAAAAAGAAUCUGACCGAUCAAAUUUAUGUCUUAGAUUCACCUUUUUGUAAUAGUGCACCCAUCAUCUAUAAAUCCUGGAUACGCCUCUGGCUGUUAACCGUUACCGACGGUGAAUUCCGGGAUGGCUCCUUACAGACAGAUCCGAUGUUACAGUCCGGAACCUACAUCGGCGAUGAACCGAACAAUGGCGUACUGCCAAAUGAAGGAAAGAGGCCCAAUCUGACUCCAGCUCUAGCGGGGACUACUCGGGAGAUGCAGAAGACCGCGUUGGCGGCUGAGAUGGUUAUGCCGGUGCAUCAGGUUAAUGUUGAGAGGCCAAGCUUGUUGCCGGGGAAGUGGAAGUUUGAAACAAAAAUCUGUCAUGUUGAUAGGCCAUUUGAGACUCCGCAAAGCAAAAAACAAAAGAGUGGCUCGAAAACAAAGAAGGUUGCUCCUUUCCACUUCGAGUUUGCCAAUCCACCAGAGAGUGUGAGCUGGGUUCAGACUGAUUCUAAUGAAGAUACGUGGAAACCUUUUGUUGAUGGCAGCAUGGUUCCUGAAACUCAGAAACAAGAAUGGGAUGCUGUCUUCUCAAGCGUCUCGAAGCUAAAGAGAGAGGAAAAAGAAACAGGGAAAUAGGCGGCUAUCCAAACUCUUCUCACUAUCUAUCUAGACUAGAUAGUGUCUCAAAUGCCUUAUGAAUUUGCCUUACUUUUUUGGUUUUCACAAAGGGAUCUCAUAGCUGUUGAGAACUUCUUGUUUUGGCAAAGGUGUAGGCAUACAUUGCUUCACCUAAACUUUGUUCAUGAUGUUUUGGUACCAUU